AUGGGUUGGUUUUGGGCAGACACUACAGUUCCGGCUAUUCCACAUGCGCCUACAAGCGCAUCUCCUCCUCCGGGAUGCCCGAUGCAUGAAUCAGGCGCGAAGCCUACACCACCAAAACUAGCUGCCGAACCUCCUAGCAGCUGUCCGAUGAAAUCAAAGGACUCUCCCUUCUAUUCACCUCCGAAAUCAUCACAACCGGAAACGCCGCAGCCACCCGUCGCCGCGCAGCCCUCAACUCUGUCAAAGCUGAACCCUCUGAACUAUAUGUUCUCGUCAAUCUCUCAAGAGCGCGCCGCAAACCAGACCAUCGACCUUCCCGUUGAGCGCGAGCCUUCCUCUAUCCCGAGAGGCGACGCCGAAGGUAACUGGGAGUAUCCGUCCCCGCAACAAAUGUACAAUGCCAUGCUGCGCAAAGGACACACCGAUACACCCCAGGAUGCAGUGGAGUCAAUGGUUGCAGUCCACAACUUCUUGAACGAGGGAGCAUGGGAUGAGAUUGUUUCAUGGGAACGCGUGUUCAGUAAGGGUCUCAAAAAUGGGUGGCAGCAUUGCCGACGCGGUGAGGAAAACCUAAGUAACGACCUGAUCUAUGCGGACGAGAAUGGCAAAUUUGAUAAUGCCACCCCGCCUCGCCUUCUGCGGUUCCAGGGCCGACCACAGGAGUGGUCGCCCAAGGCCUCGAUCUACCAGGCACUGAGCUGGGCGUACCCGGCUAAGUUUGAGACGAACCCUCCGUUCGAUCGCCAUGAUUGGUACGUCAUUCGCCAGACUCCUAACGGCCCGAAAGAAAUCCGAUACGUGAUUGACUACUACUCUGCGGACCCGGACCCCCACGGGCUCCCUGUUUUCCAUCUUGAUAUUCGGCCUGCCAUCGAUACGCCCACAGCUGCUGCUGAGAGGCUCAUGAGAUGGGGUGGUGAUGUCUGGUGGAGAGCUAGCGGCGCAAGUGUUCGUGAACAGGCGGCGCAGGCCUCGCGUUAA